AUGAAUGAGUUGGUGCUCCAGCCCAUCUUGAAACUGGGCGUCGAUCUCGGUUUUUCCUGCGCCUUGGCUGGAGUGGCUGGACUGCUUUCUCACCAUCUCUACUUCAUUCGUGGGUUUCACGUCCUCAACGCCACCAAGAUUACGUGCAUCCACCUCUUUGCUUUUGCCCUCCUCCUUGCCAGAGCUGCAGCCGAGAAUGGAUUUCUCCCUGGUGCGAGGAGCGCAGUCGCGAUAUUCUCCUCUUACCUGGCUGUCUUGUUCCUCAGCAUAGCCAUCUACCGAGUCGCCUUCCAUCCACUCCGCCGAUUCCCUGGGCCUUUUCCUGCGAAAGUGACCAAACUUUAUGGCCCUUGGCUGGCCAGAAAUAAGCGCAUAGGCGACGAAUUUCGCGUUCUUCACCAGAAGCAUGGGCAUUUUGUGCGAGUCGGCCCAAAUGAGAUCUCCAUUUCGCAUGCCGAUGCGCUGAAGCAGAUCCAUGGGCUGCAGACCGCAUGCUCAAAAAAGAAUAAUGCCUCAUACGAAGCAAUACAGUUUAGGGGGGAACACAAUCUUGACUCUCUCACGGAUCAUGCUGAGCAUCGGCAAAGGAGGAAGGUCUGGGAUAAGGCUUUGAGCAAAGCAACCGCUCUUACUUAUGAGGCUGAGACACGGAUCGUCGUCAAGUCAUGGCUUGACCAGCUCGAGAGACUCCACGGCGCAUCAGUCGACACUAGCCUGUACGCCAAACACAUUGCGUGCGACAACAUGGGCCGCAUAGGCUACUCCAGAGAUUUCCGCAAUAUCCAGGGCGACGGGGAUAGUCGGAUGUUCGAUAUGAUCGAGAUCACAUUCCGCACCAUGUCCAAGCUGGGCCAGCUCAUCUGGCCGCUCGUUCUGCUCUUCUCCCUGCCCAGGUUUGGCUUGCAGAAAAAGUUUGAAGAGCUCAGCGUUGCGUUGGUGGAUGAGCGACUCAAGCGGCACAACGACUCGGAAGAUCUACACGACAUUAUGAGGCUUUUCAUCGAAGACUUCCUGUCCAGCAAGCCACAGGCCUUUUGGAACAGGAAUAUCCUCUAUGCGGACGCGCAGGCAAUCAUGGUUGCCUCGACGGAGACGAUUGCAUGCUCUCUAAGCUUCUCGUUCUUUUUUGUGGCGCGGGACGCAGCUCUCCAACGGCAGCUUCGCGAGGCCAUUGCUCCUGCCUACGGCCGAACUCUCCCCGGAGAGUUCACCAUGGCCGAUCUCCAAGGGAUCGAGUUUCUGGACGCCGUCAUCAAUGAGACACUGAGACUGUGCGCCCCCGUGCCACUAAAUGGUCCCAGGUCGACUCCGCCACAGGGCAUCGAGAUCGGCGGCACCUACAUUCCGGGGAACGUCCACAUCUACACGCCUCCGCAUGUGUACCACAGAAAUCCUGAAUACUUCCAGUAUCCUGACGAAUUCAUCGUCGAGCGAUGGCUGACCCGGCCUGAGCUGAUCCUCGACAAACGCGCAUUCCUUCCGUUCAGCCUUGCAGGCCGAUACGACUGUGUAGGCAAAUCGGUAGCGCUCAACGUGCUCCGGCUGACACUCGCCUACACGGUCUGGCAUUACGACUUUGAGCUUGCCCCGGGCCAGAGCGACUCCGCCUUCAUGAAUGGCUAUGUGGAUCAGAUCGUUGUGAAGCCUGCGCCGCUGAAGUGCAUUUUCACCAAGUGGAGUCGGCCGGGCGAGCGUGGCCAAGGCUCCGCGGUUGAGGCGGGAAAGGAGUACCCGGGAGCUGUUCAAGAUGAUGAUCUGCCGGAGUUGCGGCAGCGAUUUGGUCGGGCUCAGUCUACGCGAUGAAGUAACGGCUUCGAUAGCUGCCUCCAGUCAUUUGGCCUGUGGAUCAGAUCUAAUUUGGGGCUCUCCCCAAAGUAGUUGCCGAUUGCUGCCUGGGUGAGGUUUCAGGGACCUCAGCGUACAUGAGAAGGCAUCAGGUUAAUGGAGGAAUUUAUGUUUGUUCCCAGCGAAACCUCGGACCUCCUCGCGGCAGUUCCCCGACACACUUUGGCCAGCUUUGAAGGACUGGACCGUACCAGUCCAGUCCGAGAUGACCGGGUGUGGACCUGGGGCAUGCUUCACUCAGAGAUUCGCCCACAAGAACGUUAUCAGCAGCUCAAUCAUUGACCACACUGGCAUUCCCUCAUGGGCCCCGGCUAGCAAUUGGCUGGGGCAUUCUGUUGGUUGCUCUUGGUGGGUGGUCAACCGCGGCUUCGCCGGUAUUCAUGAGAACAGGAUGCAUCAACGCAGUCAGAUACCUGCGAAGAAUUCCGGCACAA